CCAGUUUGGCGUGUGUGGAGAAAAUGGAAUUUUUGGGAUGGGGACGGGGAAUGGGCCCUGGGGCCAGGAGUGGACGCUGCAGGUGCGGCCCAGGGGUGGCCCCAGCAGUGACCGUGUCACCUCCAGACUGCAGAGCCCCUCCUGGUGUCACAGCCUCACUGGGGCUCCCCUGGCUCUGGUUUAGGAUCCCCGGAAUGCCAAAAUCCGGCUGUGUCCCGCCCCGUGACCGCGGGAGCAUCGCUGUGCCUGGUGCCGGAGAAACCCCCGCGGGAGUGGACAGAGAUGCAGUGGAAAUGGUACAUUAAUUCAGGAGAGCGGCAGAAGAUCCUGACAGCCCGCAGGGAUGGAAGUGUCUCCUAUCCCAGAGGUCCUUUCCAUGGGAGAGUGAAAUUCCAUCCAGGAAACCUCUCCCUGUGCAUCUUCCCGGUUCGCAGGGAGGAUAACGGGGUCUAUUGGGCCGAGUUUGAGAAUUCGCGAGUGAUUCCAUCCCGGUGCAUCCGAGUGUCCGUGUGGGACCCCGUCCCGCAGCCGGAGCUGAAAUCCCAAAUCCUGCAGCGGGAUCGGGGCCGGUGCCACCUGUCCCUGCUCUGCUCCAGCCCCGGGAACGUCUCCUACAGCUGGGCCUGUGCCGAGGAUGGCCCGGAGCCGGUCCCGGGGCAGAUCCCGGGGCAGAUCCCGGGGCAGAUCCCGGGCAGCUCCUCCCGGCUGCUCCGGAGCCUCCCCGAGGGCGCGGAUCCCCAAAUCUGCCUCUGCAACGUCAGCAACCCCGCGGGGUGGAGCGCGGCCCGCGCCGCCCUCACCUGCCCAGGUGAGCUCCCCAUGGGACCGGGGUGCGGCUGAGCAUGCCGGGGUUUACAGGCCAUAAAUGGGGAUAAAUGGGGGAAAAUACUAGGUAAAAAUCGUUUAUGGAGGUGGAAAAUACUGGGUAAAAGCCUGCUGGAAUAUACUAGGUGAAAACGGAAAAUAUGGAAAAUAUUAGCUGGAAAAUAUUAGGUAAAAACCUGCUGAAAUAUAUUAGGUGAAAAUCGAAAAUAUGGAAAAGAUUAGCUGGAAAAUAUUGGGUAAAAACAUGCUGGGCAAUAUUAGGUAAAAAUAAAAAAUAUGGAAAAUGUUAGGCAAAAACCUGCUGGAAAAUAUUAGGUAAAAAUAGAAAAUAUGGAAAAUGUUAGCUGGAAAAUAAUAGGUAAAAUCUGCUGGAAAAUAAUAGAUAAAAAUCAAAAAUAUGGAAAUUAUUAGCUGGAAAAUCUGCUGGAAAAUAUUAGG